UUUGACUUCAUCACUUCUUCCCUUCACUGAGCUUGAACCUUGAGGCCUCUCCUCUCAAUUUUUCUUACGUCACGCGAUAUCAGAUGGCUUCGUCAGCAACACACACCUUGAAAGUACAACGACUGAGCCCUGAUGCUACUAUCCCGACCAAGGGAAGUUUGGCAGCGGCAGGCUACGAUCUUUACGCGUCGGCAGAUAUGUUGAUUGCCGCCGGUGGCCGAGCGGUGGUACCUACGGACCUCAUCAUCGCUGUGCCACCAUCGACUUAUGGUCGCGUUGCUCCUCGCUCGGGGUUGGCUGUCAAGCAUGGUAUCAACACCGGUGCAGGUGUGAUUGAUGAAGAUUACCGCGGGCCAGUAGGCGUAGUACUGUUCAAUCAUAGUCAAGAAGACUUUCAAGGUGAGUGAUCAGUCCACUUAUGAUUCGCACUAAGCUCGUGUUUUAAUUGAUUCUGUCGCUUUUACCCUCCAUCAGUCCGAAAAGGAGAUCGUGUUGCUCAACUGGUCAUCGAACAAAUUCUUACACCCGCCAUGCAAGUGACAUUUCUCUUUCAACAUAACAGUCUUCAGAAUAUUCAGUAGCAUGAUGAGAAGUGAACUCUGAUGCCCAUGACAUGUCUCAACAGUGUCGAAGUGCAGUCCAUGGAAGAGACAGAACGUGGUUCUGGUGGGUUUGGCAGCACUGGGGGGUUCGGAUCCAGCGUAGCUAAAUGAGUUCAUCGGAAUUAUGACUAGAAUCUCG